CUACUUGGUCUAAUAUUGGAUUUAUUUCAGUGAUAUUUAUAAAUACUCAUUUUUAUUUCAUUGUAUUGAACUCAUGAUGGAGGAUCAGCAAAAACUUCUAAAUGAUGUUAUUGAGCUUGUAUGGGGGCCAUGUAUACAACCUCAACUCUUCAAACGUUGGUCGCAAGGCUUUGUGUUCAGCAGUGAGGAGGCAACUGCUCUCCUUCAGACAAUGGGAGGCCCCUGCUCAAUUAUUGCUCCUGUGCAGGCAUUCUUGCUAAAGAAUCUCACCCUUAAUUACUCUAUGGAGCAGCUAAAGCAAGUAUCUGCUGCAGCAGUUGAUGGAUAUUUGGCUGCCAGCCUCUCGGAAAUUUUAUGCCUGUGCGCUGUAGAGGCAUGCAGGGCACCGGAGAUACACCUGUCUCACCACAAUGGUGAUGACUCAGAAUAUGAAAGCAGCCUUAAGUUACGGCUUGUUGCUCCAGAGAGGGAGUGUGUUUCUCAAGAAGAAUAUGAGGCCAGUAGACACGAUUCUUCAGAUCCUGCAUUCCAGCAUUCCCGUCUUAGAAUACAAGAGUUCCAGAGCAGGGGAGAUCUGAGUGAGCACGUCAAAAGCCACCUUAGUGACUUCAAAGCUGAGCUGGGUGUUCUCUGCUUCCUCUACUCAGCGCUUCUAACUCGGGGAGUGGCUAAGGGCAGCGCGUGUUUUGGCGAGAGCGAGCCUCUCAUAAGCGGCGAGGAGGCCCAUGGCGAGCAGUCGCUCCUGAACCUCCUCAUCACAGGCACGCCGUCGUCUCACGUCUUCGACGGGGCGCGCGACCUUGGUGGCAUGAAGCUGCUGGGUGUUUGGCGCCGCCCUAGCGUUGGCCUCCUCCACCUGCAGGAGCACUAUCGGCAGCUUAAAGUGGGCUGGUACCUCAAGAAUCCACUGCAUCCCGUGUGGCUGUGCGCGUCCCAGCAUCACAUCACAGUGGUGUUUUCGCUGCAGCGGGAGCUGGUGUGCCCUUCUUCUGACGUGGAGCGCGGCCAGCAAGUGUUCAGUUGGUACGACACCGAGGGCAACAACUUCAUACAACGCGACCAGCUGCUACCUGUGCUGCAGCAUCUGGGCCUCUGUACCGACGAGCAGUUCAUCAAAUUCAUGUGUCAAGAACUUGAUCCUGAUAAUAUGGGCGUCAUUUUAUAUCACAAAUUCCAGGAUGCAUUUUUUAGUGGCCAAGAGCUGCAUCCUCCGCCUGACACCUUCACAUUAUUCCACUACAACGGCCUGCCAGCUUCCAAUCCUGACAAGAAAGUACAAUACGCCAAAGGCUACGUGACUCGCCAAGAGACGCUCGUGCCUUUCGACUCGCUACAUGAUCUGACAGCGUGUUUGUCCAGCAAGUGGCCUAACAUCGAGCUGCAGUGGGAAGCAAACUUCAAACCCUCCAUGAACUGACGCUCCAGCAAGUGGCCUAACAUCGAGCUGCAGUGGGAAGCAAACUUCAAACCCUCCAUGAACUGACGCUCCAGCAAGUGGCCUAACAUCAGUUGCAGUGGGAAACGAACUUCAAACCUUCCAUGUGCUCUCUGUAAUAACUAGAGAACCUUGCAAGAGACCGCUCGACGAAAUCAGUUUCUAUGAAUAACUUCACGAGUCUGUAUUAGUCCGGGAAAUCUACUUCGCUGAUUGUUCGUUUCUAUUUCAUUUUGAGUUUAAAAACAAUGAGAGGAUUUUCUAAUAUUUGAAUUUAUUUAAUAAACUUCAACUCUAUUACGUCCUGUAUGCCUAAAAAGAAAUUUCAUGGUCGAAAUUUUGGGACAAACAAGCAACGCUUUGAAACUUAUUCGUCAAUAAAGAAGACUGGAUGACGGAAUUACGCUUAUCUGUUAAUAUAUGCCUUGCUUAGGAAAUAUUGUUUACAUUGCGUCUACAAGACCACAUUUUAUAUGCUUCUGUAAUUUAAAAAUUUCCUGUUUAUGUAUUUAUACAGAUUCAACGGUUCAAUGCGAUUCUCUCUAUUUUAAUUUAAUUCGGAUGAUAUGACAUCCAUCUGACUGGAGAAUAUUUAUAUUGUUUUAAGUCUUUAUAUGUCUGAGUGAAUGAUUACAUUUUCACAAUUUUGGACUUGCAUGAUGGCCAGUGUGAAUGAUGACCUAUUUUUAGAUGCGUUUAAGGCUUCGUAAAUGUUGCUGUUUAGUUCUAUACGGAAAGCAGGCAUUCGAUGAACUUUCAUUCAAAUUAUUGCAUGCUUUCAGGAAAUUUGGAAGUAAAGAUGUUCAGAAGAAGUUUUUCAUCUGAGUUAAAUGCUCAGUCAGUUUUUCUUAUGAGAGCUUAUCAUGCCUCAGUUGAAAUGAAAAUUAUAAGUUGCAUCUUCGUCUCGCCGUCCUUACUUUCUUUCGCAUAAGCAUGGCGCAUAAGACUCCAGCGCCGUGCGUGCCAAGCCUGGUUACUUGUUUUCCUAACUGUGAUCGCCGAGCUCUCGAUGUGUAAUACUCACUUCCCUUCCUACCCCGACUAUUAUUUGCCCUAAAUAACUCUGCGAAAAUUAAAAUAUUUUUCAUUUCUUACUGCCACUACAAAGCCGCCUUGAGAGAGUGAAAUUUUCUUAACUUUCAACUCGAGUCGAUAGGUUCAAAAUGUAGGUUAAACGGGUGAGAACUUUUGAAAAUAUUUCAAAGGUUUGCUUUACUUUGAUCUCGAGCAUUGCUCAACGAUUUUGUAGCGGGGUGGCGGUACUGAAAUCUUCCGUGACUUUGAAUUAACUUACCUAUAUAUAUAUUAUAUACCGUGCGUUAAAAACUAAGAAGUGCCCCGAAUACUUUGCAUCUAAUAAGAUCUUUAUAUACAUUAUAUCUUUCGUCUUGAUAGUGAGAAAUACUGUGGAGAGCAUUCAAUGCAAAUAGGUUUUCUGCUGAACCUUUUUGAGUAAAUCUUUAUGUAUGAUGAUAUCGUUCUUCGACUUCAAUGUGUUCGAUUAGGUAUGUAGCUUCGACCCAGCAAACGAGAGUUAGGUUUUGAACGCAGUCUUCAAGGGUGCACAUACGAAUAAGUCUUGUAGCGUUUCCUUUUGAUUAUCAGUAUUCUUCGUAAUAAAUAGUUUUCAUCGUCUCAGUUUAUCGUUACUUUUUGUCUUUUGAGUUGUGAUCGAGAAUAGUUUUUCUUAAAUUGAUUUUGAGGCAGCUUUGUCAUCGAUCAUGCCGCGUAUCAGGAGAGACGGGUGCAUUCAUUAGUGCGGUGGUCUCGUAGCAUAUUGCGUACUUUUUUAUACAUUUCAAAAAUUAAAUGUCCAUGAAAGAUCCAACUCGUUCCAAUUGAACAAACUGCGAGCUAUAGGUGGCGUUUUAGCCUCUCGCAAACGCUGGUUAGAGAAUUUUUUUCUAAAACACAACUAAAUAACCAGUAUAUUUUCUGCUAGGAGUCAUUAAAACAUCGUUAAAAUGUUGGUGCGUAUUCUCCAUUGAUAUACCAAUCUUACGAGCUCUAAUUGGCUUACAAAAUAAUGUAUUUUGUACGAUGUUCACGGUAUGAGGAAGAAGAAGAUCUAAUGAAGUCAGGAUUCCGGAGUAUUGGCAUUUUGUAUGGUUUCUGUGAAUGAAGUUUUUAAUUAACAUUCUGAGCUCGAACGACGAGUUCGGAACUCCAUUGCUCCGUGCGUGUUAUAUGGCAUGCAAUUUACAGUUUAACGACGUUAAAUUGUGUAUUGCAUUUUAUUUACUAUUUUAUUUUAUUACUGUAUAUUUUAACGUUAAAACUGUCAAAAUUUCUUGUCUAACAUUACAAUCAAGUUUUCAAACUAUUUGAAUCAUCUUCCGUGGUUUUCGAAUUAUUUUUAUUCUUAUAAUGGUAAGAAUGUAAUGUUUAAUAUAGUUGUUAUUAUUUCGUUAUUUUUAUGACUUUGUCACAGGUUUUUGACUAUAUUUCGCUUAAUGACAAUUGUGAGUGGGCGAUUUGCAUCCAGUGUAUCCGACACCUGUGACGGACCGCCAAAAUGCCCCCAUCACGCGACGAUGAGAAAUACAUUUUUUUGAGAAUAUUUAAUGGGACUUUGUCAACAGUUACUAAUCUUAUGUAGGUGUCCAUAUUCCAUUUUCACCUGCUUCAAAGCUCAUAGACUGUAAAUUUUAGCAGCAUACGUAUUAAAUUGAUCAUAUGAUUAAACUGUUUUAAUGUGCGAUUCGUGUUGACGCUCAAAAUGUGUGCUUAUUGAGGUAUAGAGAAGGAUUGGUGAAAACUGUUCCUGGAUGUUCCAGAAAGUUGAGAGGCCAAUUAGUUAGGAGUUGACGUUCAGUGCAAACCGACAAACUUCAAUGUGUAUCUUGAAUACCGCUAGUAUCAGCUGAGAAAAGAAAAUUUUUGUGCCUCUGAAUCAAUGAUUUUCUUUCAAGCCAUUGAAUUGAUUUUUGGCAUAUAAUGCCUAGGCUACAGCACUGGAGAGACAGAACUUACAAUUGUACAAUCAUUAGUGGUUCUAAACUUUUUCUACGGUCUUCGUUAUCUCAUGUGUAGAUUUGUUAUCCUAAACUUUUUUUCCACCCAUGUUGAAGUAGAUUUGUUAUCCUAAACUUUUUUUCCACCCAUAUUGAAGUAGAUUUGUUAUCCUAAACUUUUUUUCCACCCAUAUUGAAGUAGAUUUGUUAUCCUAAACUUUUUUUCCACACAUAUUGAAAUUCCAUCGCACUCAUCAGUGAAGAAUUCAUCUCAUCGAGUUAGCAGCUGCCAACCAUUGCUCCUAAUUCGACGCCGAUAAAAUAUACAAGCUAUCAUUUUUCUGGACGUUUGUCUAAAAUCUUCUGAUGGAAUUUGCCUAUAAAAUUGUAAUCUUAUACGCUAUACGGAUAUCUUAUACGCUAUACAGUAGUGUAUAGCGUAUAACUAUAAGAUAUUGUAUUGUAUUGUAGCUGAGCUAAAAAAAAACGAAUACAGCAGCAGCUUCUGAAGAGCUUUCGUUGCUCAAAUGAUUGGAUACACUAAAUGUUCACGUAUACGGAACAAAAGAAAACCGUAGGAACAAUCAAACGCUGUGCUCUGUUACUGUUCAGACCAUGUUCUGUUCAUGGCGUCCAGCGUGUAAUUCUUUCGAUUCCUGUUUCUUCUGUACAUGCAUCCGUGGGCCGUCUUUCCGAAGUUUUUUGUUCGCAUGCUUAGUUAGCAAGCUUAGUUUUCAAUCAACAACAAAGAAGAUACAAAUUUCACCAUUUAGCGGAGUCUACAAGUGUUAAAGAAUAAAGCUUUAUAAUUAUUUCAUGCAUCGUGCUCUUAGGUUGGAUUUACAGUGCAAAGCUUUUGACUGUGAUGUUCAUCAUUUUGUUCGUAUGUUAACCGGCAUGGCAUGUUGUUAUUAAAACAAUUAUUUCAAUCGUAUUCGUAUCGAUUUAUGUUUGUGUUCCUCAUACAGCAAUUACCGGUAGUGCAGCUUCAAAAGAAAUGAGGCAAAUUUUACUACCCAAAAUGGCAAUCAAGAACCUAAACUUGAAUCCGUAAAUCUCACACUGCUUGCAAAACUCAAGGAUGUUAUUUCGUUAUAAAUUUUUUAUCUUUUGUUUACUUGAAUCGCCUGCACAUGAAUCGGCUUAUUGAUAAAAAUUCGCGGCGCAUGAAUUUGUGAACUCGAGAUUUUACGUUCAUUCUCUCAUGUCAGCAACUGAUUCUGUUCCUCCAAUGACCAAACGAUUGCCAAUAAAGCUUUUGAAGGUUUC